AAAGGUUCGAUUUAAGACUGACAGCUUCACUGGUGAUGUAACGGUUCAUUGUCACUUGCAAGGGGACGCGGACCAGGGAAUGGUGAUGGUGUUCGAGAUAGUGGAGCAAGGACAAAGUCUGGAAGCAAAUAUUCCAUCGAAUGGAUCUUACCCGUGGGCGUGCAUGGCAAAUAAUCCAAUAGGCCAGACAUCUGGAAAUGGAAAAGCAAUGAAUCCUUACAGAUUCUACAUGCUCCUGCUGGUGUUACUAACACUGCUGCUUGUUCAGUAAACUGACGCUUAAUGGAUUUCAAAUUGUUUCUGAUAAAGACGCUUCGCAGUUAACUUUUCAUGAAAAAAUGGAAUACCACAGCAAAUUCCUGUGGUUGGUACUUGUGUUGGGCGGUUCAAUGAAGUUUGUUGCCAUGGAAACUUGCUCUAUGACAUCACCUUGCACGCCGCUCAAGGGCGGUCAGCCGUUUCGUGAACCUCGGCAAGUAAGAUCUACAGACGGAGUUUUUACUUACAACAUGACAGUUGACAUUGCUGAGUUCACAAUUGAUUGGUUAACAGUUCUUAGACGUCUUUACGACGGGGAAUUUCCAGGUCCAACCUUCAAUCUUAAACCGGGAGACCAGUUUACCUUGAAUUUGAUAAAUAAUCUGCAGCACCCUGACUACACGGGGGGAUCUGAGAACACUUUUCGUUACCCAAAUACAACUAAUAUGCACACACAUGGUCUUCAUAUAAGCAGCGAGAUACCGCAAGACAGUGUUCUAAUCGAAAUUGGACCUGAGGAAUCGUUCCAAUACAAAUACAGGAUCGACCCCCAGCAACCAGUAGGAACAUACUGGUACCACCCACAUUAUCAUGGUAGCAUUCAUUUUCAGAGCAUGGGUGGCAUGGACGGUCUUAUUGUAAUUGAAGACGACCCUGCUAGUAUGCCGGCCGAACUAGCUGCUGUAUCUUGCCCCGACAACUGCCAGCAUGAUAAACAGAUAUUGUUGCAAACGUUUCAAUAUUCACCAGAUGAGGAAAGCGGCCACUCUAUACAACAGAGGGAAAUUCACGACAACGAAGCGUUUAGACUUAACAGCAUCGAGCUUGAUAAUUCAAGUGAAACAUUGGAGGAAUGGUUAGAAGACCCGGAUAAUGACAUCAAAUAUACACUGGUGAAUGGUCUGCUUAAUCCUGUAAUGGAAAUGAGGCCAGGACAAAUGAAACGAUUCAGAUUACUGGACACGGGCGGCUUGUACGCGGUUGCUCUCCACAUCGAUAACGUUGAUCCAAACGGAGCAUCAUGCACGGUGAAAGAAAUAGCAAUGGAUGGAGUUUACCUUGAUCAACCCAGAGAUCCCUGGCUUGGUCGAAGUUUUCUUGUAGCAGCAGGGAGGGUGGAUUGGUUGGUUAUUUGUCCGGAAAGUGGAAUUUACGAACUUCGUUCGUCAUUCACCGAAGCCGACGAGGAUUCAAUGGGAGAACAUCCAACUGCCAGCGGGACAUUCAUGACAAUGAAUGUUACAGGAACCAAACAAACCUCCGUUUUCCCAACCACACUACCACAGCGAGAGGAUUUUGUUUCCGACCUCCGGGAGGUGGCGCAAGAGAGCCUGAAAGGACAUUUUGUAGUAGAAGUCACACCGACUGAUACUUUAAACAGAGAAGAUUACUCCAAACUUUACUAUAGGUUUAAAAUGGAGGCAAAUACAAUACAGGAGUGGUACCUUACCAACACAGAAAUGUUCACGUCCCAUCCCAUACACAUGCAUAUAAAUCACGCGCAGGUCAUAAGUUAUAACCCAUACACUGGACCUUACGGCGUCGACGAAGAUUCUAAAUGGAGAUUGUUCAGCCAAGCUGGCGAAACUUGUACUUAUCAAUACAAAGGAUACGAUGCAAGUGCGGAUAUUGACCCCCCAUCUGAUGCAUUGAAAUAUUUGGGACAUAAUGAACGUCAAGAAAAAGGAGGUGCAAACACUCUUGGUUAUGCAGCGAUAGGCGACUGGAGAGAUACAAUUCUGAUACCACCGCUCGGAAAUAUUACGGUUCGUUUUAGCACCCACAAGUACAAGGGAGACGUUAUUAUACAUUGUCAUCUACACGGUGAUGCAGACCAAGGAAUGGCCAUGUUCGUUCAAAUAGUAGACCAGGGUGAGAGUUUAGAAGCCAACACCGCAUCUGGUAAUGCUGAACCAUCAUCUUGCAUGGAAGGAAGCGCAAUGAUUACCACUUUAAACCCGUUCUGUGUUCUCUUACCACUGCUGGCAGUCCUACGUUCAUAUUAUGGGUAACUGUGUGCCUUCAGUUUUAGUGUUUUUUUGUAUAUGUUUAUAUUUAGCCAAUAGCAAGUACAAAAUUGGAUUACUCGUCGUUCAGUUUAUUGUAGUAGUAGUUCAACUACAUAAAUGUUCGCGUUCUAUCA